AUGUCCAGUUGGAACAUCCCUGAUCUGGUGUGUAACCGAUACAACAUCUCACUGGACACCUCGCCGUUUAAAGGAGUGGCCACGCCUGCCAAGGUUCCAGGCCAGUUCCUGUCUCUGUUCUAUACAGACCGACUGGGUCUUUACCCACAUGUAGACGUCACAAGAAGAAAACAGUUCAAUGGAGGCAUUCCUCAGAGGGGUAACCUGAGAACCAGUAUGGACAAGGCCAGGGCAGAUAUUAACUACUACAUCCCAUCCAAGACAAGCCAGGGCUUGGCCGUGAUAGACUGGGAGGAGUGGCGCCCCCUAUGGGACAGAAACUGGGGCACUAAGAGAAUCUACCAGACUCUCUCCGUGGCCCAUGUUUUGCAGACAAACCGCUCCCUCACAGCGCAGCAGGCCACAGAAAAAGCCAAACAACAGUUUCAGCUGGCGGCCAGAAGUCUGAUGUCAGGGAUGUUGGCGAUGGGCAGAGCUAUGAGGCCCAACUACCUCUGGGGCUUCUACCUCUUCCCUAACUGCUAUAACUAUGGCUGGUUGGAGCCAGACUACACAGGCCGGUGCUCCAAGGAGGUGAGAGGGCAGAAUGAUGAGCUGCUGUGGCUGUGGGAGUCCAGCACUGCCCUCUACCCCUCUGCGUACCUGCAGGCCUCUUUGGCAGACAACCCCAGAGCCGCCCUGAUGGUGAGAAACCGUGUCCAGGAAGCUUUGAGAGUGUCCACCCUGCCCAGACGGAGUGGCACUGCGCCCGUGUUUGUUUACACGCGACCUGUCUUUGUUGAUCAGAACAGACGCUUCCUCAGCCAGGGGGACUUGGUCCGCACCAUUGGGGAGAGUGCAGCAGUCGGAGCGUCUGGUGCUGUAAUGUGGGGGGCCAGCGCUGACUAUGAUGACCAGGCCUCUUGUGAAUCCCUCUCAUCCUACCUGUCCUCCACCCUCAACCCUUACGUCACCAACGUCUCCGCGGCCGCCCAGCUCUGCAGCCACUUCCUGUGUCGCGGGAAUGGCCGCUGUGUCCGCAAAAACUACGACUCCGGUCACUACCUCCACCUAAACCCUGAGAAUUUCAGGGUGAUGCGUAUUCAGAACCACUACCUUGUUCUAGGGAGACCUACCUAUGCCGACCUGAAGACUUUGAGCAGGGGAUUUACCUGCCAGUGCUACAAAGGACUGAACUGCACCUCCAGGACAUACAGUGAGCUGGCCAAGGCCCUGCUAUUUAGUGUGAAACAAACGCUGCAACAAAAAGCCCAUACGGUGAAUGAAGCGGUGUUGGAUGAUAUGCAACAAGCUAGUAUUACUAAGGACAAGGCAAAAAAUAAUUUGAACAUUUAAGCUUUGUUACAGGUUUUCUUUUCUGGCCUUUUUUUUUUUUUUACAGGAUCACAACAAUUAAACGAAACCAUUCUGUCAAUUCAGACAAAAAUAGAAAUACACAGUCCAGUUGUAGCCUGGGGCUGGACACUGAAAUCCAGAUGAUCAAAGGGUGUCUCUGUGUGUUUGACCCAUAGCUUGAUUUGCAUUUCGAGUGACCAUAGUGGAAAGGCAGCAGGCUUUGCUCAACUGGAGCACAAAGGCAGAUUACCACAACAAUCCAAGCUUAAUAGACUUGCUGUUGCCUCCCAUCACAAAUAAAUUUGUCAGGAAAAUGUAAAUAAAAGACUCAGGAAGCAUCACCUCAAAAGCCUUCAUACUGUGACCACUAACAAAAGAUGGUGCAUGGUCUUGCCAAAGAGUAGGGCCGACAUCAGGGCUUGUCCCCUCAGAUCAGAUCAAACUUUCAAGAGACUGUGCUUAAUAUAGCAAAAAUUAUUCCCAGUAGACAUUUGUAUAUGAUUUGACUGUACAUGUAAAUAAAUGAAAGGGAAGCACUUCAGAAUUCAGUGUGAGCUCUAUUCACAGCAGACGUUUCAUGUUAAACUUAAAAUGCAAUGUGUUUCGAAUAACAUUAUCAAUUCUAGCUACAUUUCAUCCAAUGCUUAAUCUCCAUUAACGUCUGAGAGAAGCUAAUGUAUCUGCUGAACCGCAUGUUGCUACCGGAAACUGGGAUGAUCAGAGCAGGGAGAAAUACAUGUACAGUAUCUGCGCUGUGAAAAACAAAGGGUGAACUUAAAAAAACACAUCUUUUAGAGCAGAAGAGAGCUGUAGUUUACCACCUUGCCAAGCUGUUUUGGCUUGCAGCAGUUACUUACUGGAAGCGGAGCAACAUUCGCAUUUGCUUCUUGCAAAUUUAAGUCCAAUAUUUAAUAUUCCUCUCACUUGGUUUUGGUCUCCACCAACUCCUGAGAAGAAUAUGUGGUUGCUUAAUGCUUGGAAAGCUAUAGGCCAAAUUUGUCUGCCAUUUGGUAUUGAGAAAGUACAGUGUGUUUUAUUGUGACAUUAACAGCUGUUUACUUCUGGAAAUUGGGCUGAUUGAGCUGGGAUACAUAAUUGUGUUAGCAACCUCUUUCACAUUAAAUAUAAUGUUAGCCAUGGUGAUUAAAUAAUAAAUAAUAGAGCUUUAUCAGUUGCUCUGGUCGAAAUUGCCAGGUGUUGUUGUUUCCACCUGUGUGAGACCAUGUUUUCAUUUGGAGUGGUUGUAAUAUGGUAUUCCCAUUGUGGUGUUGUAAGCAGAUACUGCGGGUCAUCCGUGUAUUCACUCAGGCUCCUCUGGGUGCUGAGCUGUGAGAUGUGUCUGAAAGUGUGCGUUUGCUUGUGUCACACAAUCAUCUCCCCUGUGGUAUUAAGAAGAACAACAAAUGCAGUUUGACAUGUUGUUGUUUUUUUUUGCAUCUCAGCGUGAUCACUCAUUGGUUGGUCAGGGAUCAAUGUUCAGCCUUGCUCAGUUGUAAACGUGUGGCUGUCACUGCUCGCACACGUUCAAAGUCAUGCAAAACAGCCAAGUUUGUCGAGGUUCAGGACACAAACGGACAUAAUUUAAAGGUUAAAGGCUUCUUGUUGAACUGUCUUGCGUCCUCUCUGUCCAUGUUUCAGUGUUUAACUUAUCACAACAACGUCUCAUCAAUGAAGCGGAUACGGCAGGUUUUGUGUGUACCAGGAAAUGGACUGUGUGUGUUCUGCUGUAAAGUCAACUCACCCUAUCAAACAUAAAACCAACAUUACCUGUCACAUAAACAGUUGCCUGGGUCUUAGGACUAUGGUUCAUAGGUAGACAUUUUUCAUCCCUGAGAUAAGGUAUGAGAGUAUAGACAAACACAAAUGCACAAUGAACUGCUGCCUGCUGUUGACAAAACACCAUGUCAGUGUUAUGAGUGAGCAAGUGAAUGGGUUGCAGGCCUUUUCUUACCAGGGACACUAUUUGAAAAAGGCAAAAGAAAAGCUAGACUGCUUU